AUGAGCACGAAAAGUCGAAAGACGCAGGAAAAGCACUUUUUUACCGACGACUUCCCCGACCACGACUACCACUGCACGACAAAGUCCAGUCACCCGCAGACGCCGCUCUGGCCAAUGUACUUGCCGGUGGAUCCCCGUCGUGUAGCCAUCUUCGAGCGCAGCAAGAACGCCCAACUCGUCGUCUAUACGGCGAACUUCCGGGGCAAAGAAGGGCGAGAGCUGGACCCGAAGAAGCCGCUGGACAUCAACUGGCAGAGCUUCGGCUGGACGGCCCAUCCCACCACGAACGCCGUCGGGAUGAUCGAGCGGCGACUGGCUUGGGGCUACUCGCACAAGGCGGCGGAAGGGGCUUCGGCUCAAGCAGUUGGCACGAGUUACUCGGUCACGCUGAACGCCUUGCCCAGUCGCUCGGCUCUGCUCUACGUGGACGCCAAAGGGCGCGCCAUCCUGCAGGUCACGAUCAACGGGGUGACGUCCCGACUGUGGAAGAUCUACGUGAAAACUGCCACCUCGCAGACGUUCGUGCCCUCGGUGCUCUACGUCGAUCUCUACGGCACGAGCAUCGACGACGACCAAGCCACGUACGAGCGCAUUUCGCUCGUUCAAUUAGAUUAA